UCAUCAUACUUCUCUCUUUCCUCCUAUCUUCCUGCAUUCCCCUCUCUAUCUCUGUCCUUACAUCACAGAUAAUGUGAGUCCCCCACCCUCCUCUUCUCUCUGGUCUUCCCCUCCUCUCCCUCCUCUUCUCUCUGGUCCUCCCCUCCUCUCUGGUCCUCCCCUCCUCUCUGCAGUGCUGAGAAUAGUCCAGCCAUGAAUCCUCUAUUAACUCCCAAUCUCCUCCUGCUCUCAUCAGAUCCCCCUCUCCAGCCGGGCGACAGCCCCCCUCCAUCUCCUCAGUCGUCGUUACUUAUGGGGGGCCCCUAUCCCCAGAGCGGGGGUGCCUCUGCUCUGCGCAAUGACUUCGGUUCCAACAUCAGCGUCCUGAAGACCCUCAAUCUGCGGUUCCGUUGCUUCCUGGCCAAGGUGCAUGAGCUGGAGAGGAGAAACCGUUCUCUGGAGAGGGCGUUGGAAAGAGCCCAAGGAGCGGGGCCCAUCACCCGGGACCAGGCAGUCCAGACCGGCUUUGUGGGGCCCAUCUUACCCCCGCCAUUACUGGGGCUCACACGUCCAUCGCCUAGUCCUCCUCCUCAGCCAUGGGUCUACGGGUCAAGGAGGUUGUUGACCAGGUCCGACGUAGGGUCAGUGAGCACCGGAUGCAGCGCCUAUUGGGGCCAUGCCGAUGGGGUUGGGGUGCAGAUUGACACUAUCACCCCUGAGAUCAGAGCCCUUUAUAAUGUCCUGGGGAAGGUGAAGAGGGAGCGAGAUGCCUAUAGGCAGAGAUGGGAGGAAGAAUAUUCUGCUCGCGUACAGCUGCAGCAGAGGGUGACAGAGCUGGAUGAGGAGGCCCAAGAGUCUGCACUCUACCAAGAAGAGCUGGCGAUGAAGGUUAAGCAGCUGAAAGCUGAGCUGGUGGUCUUCAAGGGGUUAAUGAGCAAUAACCUGACCGACCUGGACACCAAGAUCCAGGAGAAGGCAAUGAAGGUGGACAUGGACAUCUGCCGCCGCAUCGAUAUCACUGCCAAACUGUGCGACGUGGCUCAGCAGCGGAGCUGCGAGGACAUGAUAAACAUGCUACAGACUGUCCACCUCUCUCCCAUUAAGGUUUUGGGGAGAAGAAAAGAGAGGAAGCCUGUGGCCGAUGACGAGACAUCCAUCUGUGAGAGUGACAGUGCGAGGGGAGGAGAGGAAGACGAGAGUACUGCGUUGAGUAUCAACGAGGAGAUGCAGAGAAUGCUGAACCAGCUGCGUGAUUACGACUUUGAGGAUGACUGUGACAGUCUUGCCUGGGAGGAGACAGAAGAAACUCUGUUACUGUGGGAGGACUUCUCCGGCUAUGCAGUGUCUGCAGUGGAGAACCAAGGAGAGGCGCAGGAUGACAGCCUGGAGGAGGUGAUAAAGGAUACGGAGUCUCUCUUUAAGAAUCGUGAAAAAGAAUACCAGGAAACUAUUGUCCAGAUAGAGUUGGAAUUGGCCACAGCCAAGGACGACAUGACUCGCCACCUCCAUGAGUAUAUGGAGAUGUGCAGCAUGAAGAGAGGGCUUGACGUGCAGAUGGAGACCUGCCGGAGGCUGAUCACCCAGUCGGAGGAGAAGUCUCCGCCCCCCAGUAGUGAAUCUGCCUGCAAUGAGGACCCCGAAGAUUCGGAUCGUGACCCCCCAUCCUCAGACAGCUCAGCCAGAUGAUAGGAGGAGACCACCGUGCACCUGCUACCACUGCCUCGGGAACUGUGUGACGCCGGAUGUAUAUAUAUUACUUUCCUAAGAAAGACGCUGGGUACAUAGGGGGUGCAAUCCUGCAUAAUGCUUGAACUAUACCAGGGGGUGAAGCUGUCAGACUUUGGGUAUGUAUAAGGGGUGCGUUACUGCUCUGUAUACCCUGUAUACGGAGGUGCAAUGCUGUCAGAGUUUGGGUUUAUAUAUAUAUAUAUGGGUGUGAUGCUUUUGCCAAUGCUGGGUGUGUAUAGCUGCUAUACCGUCUGUAGAUACUGUCUGUACAGCUGUGGGUGCUAGGCAUGAAUUCACUUUAGUCUCCUGGGAUUGAUACUGGGAAUGUAUGGCUGUCACUAGCCAAUGGCGUUUAUGGCUGUCACUAGCCAAUGGCGUUUAUGGCUGUCGUUAGCCAAUGGCGUUUAUGGCUGUCGUUAGCCAAUGGCGUUUAUGGCUGUCGUUAGCCAAUGGUUAUGGUUGUCACUAGCCAAUGGCGUUUAUGGCUGUCACUAGCCAAUGGCGUUUAUGGCUGUCACUAGCCAAUGGCAUUUAUCCGCAGCUGUAGAUAGCGAAGGGCGCCCUGUAUAUAAGAGACUCUGGGUACAUAUGGGGGUGCGAUGCGCUCUCUACCUGUGUACAUAGAGAGAGAUAUUUCUUUAUACGUUGCGGGGUCUUUAGCGGACUCUGUCUCAUGUAUAUAUGGUGAUAAAUACCCCGAUUUACUCUGAUGUAAUCAGGGGUCUCAUAGAUGACUGUAUUGACUUCUAGGCUUUAUGUUGGACCUGAAAGCCUGGUAAACACGUGUGCUGAAAUUAUGUGUACAUUAAGUGUGUGUGUAUAUAACUAUACAUACCGUCACAGAGCUCUCUAUACAUUAUGUACAUAUACAUCUCUAUAAAUACAGAUCUAUAUCUUCAAAAAAUCAUGUCUACUCAUUAUUUCCUGGUCAUAACACGUAAGAGAGAUCAUACAUGUGUCACAUCCCCCAACAUAACAGACGUUCCUCCCAACAAUGUGAAUAUGCCAAGGUCACGUAUGUUCUAUAAUGUGAGAACAAGGUCACGUAUGUGCUAUAAAAUGACUGAUGUGAGAACAAGGUCACGUAUGUAUUAUGAAAUUACUGAUGUAUGUGAGAACAAGGUCACGUAUGUGCUAUGAAAUGACUAUGAUGUGAGAACAAGUUCACGUAUGUGAUAUGAAACGACUGAUGUGAGAACAAGGACACGUAUUUGCUAUGAAAUGACUAUGAUGUGAGAACAAGAUCAUGUAUGUGCUAUGAAACGACUGAUGUGAGAACAAGGACACGUAUGUGCUAUGAAAUGACUAUGAUGUGAGAACAAGGUCACGUAUGUGAUAUGAAAUGACUAUGAUGUGAGAACAAGGUCAUGUAUGUGCUAUGAAAUGACUAUGAUGUGAGAACAAGGUUACGUAUGUGCUAUGAAAUGACUAUGAUGUGAGAACAAGGACACGUAUGUGGUAUGAAAUGACUAUGAUGUGAGAACAAGGUCAUGUAUGUGCUAUGAAAUGACUAUGAUGUGAGAACAAGGUCAAGUAUGUGCUAUGAAAUGACUAUGAUGUGAGAACAAGGACACGUAUGUGCUAUGAAAUGACUAUGAUGUGAGAACAAGGUCACGGAUGUGCUAUGAAAUGACUAUGAUGUAAGAACAAGGUCAAGUAUGUGCUAUGAAAUGACUGAUGUGAGAACAAGGUCAUGAAUGUGCUAUUAAAUGACUGAUGUGAGAACAAGGUCACGUAUGUGCUAUGAAAUGACUAUGAUGUGAGAACAAGGACACGUAUGUGCUAUGAAAUGACUAUGAUGUGAGAACAAGGUCAUGUAUGUGCUAUGAAAUGACUAUGAUGUGAGAACAAGGUCACGUAUGUGCCAUGAAAUGAGUGAUGUGAGAACAAGUGUAAUACACCACAAUGUUUAGUAUUACAGUAUGUCUGACAUUGUGCAUUAUGCUAUAAUGCAGGUGUAUGUCAUCAUACAACUGACACACCGCAGCUCCCAGUAGCCCCAGCAACUGCUCAAGAGCUCAGGAGCAGGACACAUGACCAGUCAGGUGGUGAGACCAGUGACAGUUGGGAGAAAGAGUUGGUUGGUGAGAGCUGAGCUGAGGUAAUCUUGAGAGGAGAGCUAUGCCAUCAAGUGUGUGCUGAGGCGGCGUGGGAGUGACGGAGGAGAUGGAGGCAGACCUUCCUCCCACAAGGGUGGUCAGAGAGAUGGCUUUACCCCCAUGCAAGGCAAGUCUGGGGGUGCAGAUGUAAUAAGAGUGACCACAGCAGCUUCCAUAGCGGCAGUGGGUGAAGCUUUAUCUGGAGCCCCGGCAGUUGGUAAUGCCUCAGAGUGGACUAGGCCUCCCCAAUUAAGGCAAGAGGUGGGCAGCAGUAACAAAGGGAUAGCCCGUGGGAGCAGAUUGUCCGGAAAGAUACCCAGUAUCCCACACUGACAGCUACGGACAGCAUGGAGACCUAACACAGACACUUCGAGAGGUAUAACUGCGAUUUACCUUAGCACCACAUAGUAGAAGCCAUCACAGCUCAGCAGGCACUGGCUAUACAGGGAGUCAAAACAGCACCUAUAGCAUUCUGCAUGUCACGCUACCCGGCUAUAGCACUACAUGAAGUACCCAACUCAGAGGUAGCUAUAUUUGCCUAGCACUGAUUUUUAGCAUUCAAGCCUGCAGUAUUGUGUACUAUGUAAAUGACCACUGGCGCUUCCUUUCAGUCAGGAUUAAGAGCAGGUAUUGCCGUCAGAUAUCCUGCUAUAAUUUAACUCUUACCAGCGAUGCAGCUAGUGAAGCCUUUAUUUACACUAACGCUCCUGCAUACUUGAUUGACAUUACAGAAAGUUAGUGAAGGAAAGCUGCACACGAGGUAAAGAGAGAGACAAGGAGUACCGUAAAAGGAUAUUCUACAUUAAUUAUUACCCUUGAGGGAUUUAGACAGCAUACCCCACAGAUUAACCGACGCCUGAGUACUGUAAACCCUCACAUCCUCAGGGAACUAUAAAGAAAAGGCAGCAACAGACUAGUUGGAAUUAAUGUACUAAUUUGCAAUCUUGCUAGGAAACGUUACUUGAGAGAGGAGUAGCUGCAACCUAGAGAAAGUGUCUCUUUUGUGCUGGUCACGAGCAGCAACUAUUGAAAUGGAAAAUUUGCUCGGAAACAUUUGCCUAAUUCCAUUAAUCCCUAUUGGAGAAAGGACACCUUACCUAACAUGCACCAUCUAUAAAAUACUCAGCUGAACUUUGUGAUUUAAAGUUAUUGGGGAUAUUGAUAGUAUCGAGUAGUGUAAGAGUGACUAAAGGUAUUGCGCUAUUGUUUGCAUGUGUAGUAGUAAUGGUUAACAGCUUGUUUUAGACAAGCUCUAUUAACAAUUAGUAUUGUAUUUAUAUAGUAUUGUUGUUGAAUUCUGUUCUCUGCAAACUGAAGUAUUCACAGUGCAAAAGAAUAUUUGUGUAAUUGCUGGUGCACUUGUCUGGAGGUAUUACAGUUGAACCAUUUGGAUCCAGGUACAUGCAGAGAGAACAACUCCGGGGGCUACCAGUUCCAGAACAAUGAAAUAAAUGUAUUAUUUUCUUUUGUGAAAUUUAUUGCCAUUGCUUAGUAUUGUAAACUGAAUUACCAACUUACCUGCAUCCGUACUUGUGCAUUACAUUUUUGGCGUCACGAACAGGAUACGAACACAAGAUGUCACCUGACGACUAAGCUGCAGGGGAUUUGUCAAAUACUCGUCCAACUAUGGCUAUCUUAAAUCCAAUUACGUUGCCCUAUUACAUUGGGGCCCCAUGGCUUCCGACAUAUAGUGGAGAUGCUCAAAGAUCCAAUAGGAACACUUUCACUGAAUUUAAGAACAAAAUGGAAUCUAUGUUCCGCCUGUACCCACUAUCAGAAACACAGCAAGUGGAGAUUCUGAUUGGGCAGUUGAAAGGCACAGCCCUGAAAGAGGUCACUUUAUGGCCAGUGGAUCAAAGAAAAACAGUAGACCGGAUCCUGAACCAACUAGCUACCACGUUUGAUACAAGGACGUUGUCUGAACUCAAGGUUGCCUUUUACACGAGGAAGCAGCAGCCAGGCGAAACACUGCGUGACUUCGCACUGAGUUUACAGGAGGCACUUAAAGCACUUCAAGCCUUAGAUCCAACAGAAAUUCGACCAACAGAUGAAAUACUGAUUAAUCAAUUUAUAGAGGGGUCCCAUGGUGAGAUAGUGAAGAUGCAUUUACGCCUCCUUCAGUUACAGUUACUAAAUAGCUCACUUUUAUCCUUUAAAGAAGCUGCCAUUAAAGUGGUAGGAACAUUACAGCAGCAAGAAAUGUCCUGUCCUGAGAUGUUGGGGUACCAAGAAAAUAAAUAUCCUGCAGAGAUCAUGAAGAAGGAAAUCAUGGAUCAGCACACAUUGGAACAAGUUGUUUUACAGGUAUUACAGUAUGUCUGACAUACUGUAAUACUUCACAUUGUGGUGUAUUACACAAGGUCACGUAUGUGACUCUCACUUACAAAGCUCUCACCCAAUCCUCUCCCAUUUACAUCUCUGACCUUAUCUCCCUUUACUCUCCCACCCGUCCUCUUCGCUCUGCUAAUGCACGCCGCCUCUCCUGUCUCCUGAUUACUUCCUCCCACUCCUAUCUCCAAGAUUUUUCACGUGCUGCUCCCUUCCUUUGGAAUUCUUUACCUCUCCCCCUCAGACUCUCCACCUCUCUACAAAACUUCAAACGGGCUCUCAAGACCCAUUUCUUUACCAAACCCAGCCAAAUCUCAUCCUAACCCCCUGUUCCAUGCUCUAUGUACCCCAUCUGUGUCACCCCUGUCUGUCUACCCCUACCCCUAGAAUGUAAGCUCUCACGAGUAGGGCCCUCUUCCCUCAUGUGCUCACCCUUUUCUUCUUUAAUAAUUCUCAACUGCCCAAAUCACAGUUUUUGGGCCACCUGGAACUUAUCUCUGUCAUUUACUGGUGUAGUUAUGCUUAGUUACCCUGUACUUGUCCAAAAUUGAUUUCAAUUGUAAGUCACUGUUUUGAUUAUGUGCAUAUGUACUCUG